AUGGUGGGGCCGACGAGGAGUAAACUCAGGGAAUCGGACCCCGACGCAUCGCAAACCAGGAGGAGUCGGGGCGCAGGGGCGGUGGAGCCCCCGCUAGAGCGCGCCGCGAAGCCCAAGAGGCCCAAGAGGUGGCUGCUGCAGCCUUCCUUCGUGGGCGGUAGGAACCUGCCUGGGGGCGCCCGCAACUACACGCAGCAGCGGAGGACCCGAAAUCUGAACGCGCAAAAUUACUUACACCUGGAGGAGGUCACCAAGCUCCUUCUUCAUGGCCGCUUCCAAUUCCUCCACAGCCUCUUGGACCAGCUCCGCGAAAGGGUGCAGGGACUGCAUAAUCAUCGCUUCUCCCACAGGACCCUCUUUGGUGUAGCUGCCUUUGUGGGGAUUUUGCACUGGAUACACCUAAUAACCCUUUUUGAAAAUGACCGUCAUUUUUCUCACCUCUCAUCUUUGGAACGGGAGAUGACCUUCCGCACGGAAAUGGGACUUUAUUAUUCCUACUUCAAGACUAUCAUCGAAGCACCUUCAUUUCUGGAAGGAUUGUGGAUGAUCAUGAAUGACAGGCUAACUGAAUAUCCCCUGGUAAUCAAUACAGUGAAACGCUUCCAUCUUUAUCCAGAGGUAAUCAUAGCCUAUUGGUAUCGCACAAUCGUGGGAACAAUGGAUUUAUUUGGGUUGGAAACUAAGACUUGCUGGAAUGUCACCAGAAUAGAGCCUCUUAGUGAAGUUCAGAGCUGUGAAGGAUUGGGUGACCCUGCUUGCUUUUACGUUGGUGUAAUUUUUAUUUUAAAUGGACUAAUGAUGGGAUUGUUCUUCAUAUAUGGUACCUAUCUGAGUGGGAGUCAGCUAGGAGGUCUGAUUACAGUGGUGUGCUACUUUUUCAAUCAUGGAGAGGCCACCCGUGUGAUGUGGACACCGCCUCUCCGAGAAAGUUUUUCAUAUCCAUUCCUUGUACUUCAGAUGUAUGUUUUAACUACUAUACUCAGGACCUCCACUGUCCACAAAAAACACUACAUAGCGCUUUGUCUCUCCAACGUGGCCUUUAUGCUUCCCUGGCAGUUCGCUCAGUUCAUACUCUUUACGCAGAUAGCCUCAUUAUUUCCCAUGUAUGUUGUGGGAUACAUUGAGCCAAGCAAAUUUCAGAAGAUCAUUUUUAUCAACAUGAGUUCAGUUGCCCUCUGUUUCAUUUUGAUGUUUGGAAAUCCAAUGUACUUAAGUUCUUAUUAUUCCUCAUGUUUGUUGGUGACAUGGGCAAUAUUGCAAAAGAAGAAUAAAAUCCAAAAAUUGGGAUCCUCUGAACUUCACUUGUGGUUAAUCCAAGGCUGUGCUUGGUGGAGUGGAACAAUUAUUUUGAAAUUCCUGACAUCUAAAAUUUGUGGUGUUUCAGACCAUAUUCGCUUGAGUGACCUUAUAGCAGCCAGAAUCUUAAGAUACACAGAUUUUGAUACCUUAAUAUACACCUGUGCUCCUGAAUUUGACUUCAUGGAACGAGCAGUAAGAAUACUCCCACUGAGAUACACCAAGACAUUAUUGCUUCCUCUUGUUAUAGUGAUUACGUACUUUAUCUUUAAAAAGGUUGUUCGUGAUAUCAUGUGUGUCUUAUGUACAAACACUUACCUAAGAAAACAGAUCCUUGAAAACGGUGAGCUGAUUUUUCACACCUUGCAGUUGCUGGCAUUCACAGUUCUUGCCAUUUUAAUCAUGCGAUUGAAGCUGUUUUUGACACCCCACAUGUGCAUUAUGGCUUCUUUGAUCUGCUCCCGACGGCUCUUUGGCUGGCUUUUUUGCAGAGUUCAUUUUGAGAAUGUUGUCUUCGGUAUUCUGACAAUGAUGUCAAUACAAGGUUGUGCAAACCUCCAUUACCAAUGGAGCAUCAUGGGAGAGUUUACUAACCUGCCUCAGGAAGAGCUCAUACACUGGAUCAGAUACAACACCAGGCCAGAUGCUGUCUUUGCAGGCGCUAUGCCUACGAUGGCGAGCAUCAAACUAUCUACACUGCAUCCAAUUGUGAACCACCCACACUAUGAGGAUGCAGACUUGAGGGCUCGAACAAAAAUAGUUUAUUCUGCAUAUAGUCGAAAACCUGCAGUAGAAGUAAGAGAUAAACUAUUGGAAUUACAUGUGAAUUAUUAUGUUCUAGAAGAAGCAUGGUGUGUGGUGAGAACUAAACCUGGUUGCAGUAUGCUUGAGAUCUAUGUGGAAGACCCUUCCAAUGCAGCUAAUCCCCCGCUCUGUAGUGUCCUGCUCAAGAACGCCAAGCCUUACUUCACCACAGUAUUUCAGAACAGCAUGUACAGAGUCCUGAAGAUUAACUGA